GGGGGGUUUUUUUUUGUCGAUCCGUCCAAGUUAUUCGAUAACCCUUUUGUCGAACGGUCGUCGAUUAAUUUUAAAAAGGGAUAUCCCUACGCAUUCGUUACGCAUUCGCAUAUUUUGAUAAUCGCUAUAAACGUUUGGGACGACCAUGUCUAUCACAGUUGGCAUCAUUGGCGCUGGACUCUCUGCUCGUACCUUCCAUGCACCCUUCAUCACAAGUAGCCCCCAUUUUCAACUCAAAAGCUUUCUUCGAACCAAAGCGGAUCCCGUCCCAUCUUUCGAGAGCAUCCCCGUCACAACUGACUCGAAUGAUUUCUUAAAGUCUGUUGAUCUGGUUAUUAUCACAUCUCCAACGUACCUUCACUAUCAGCAUGCCAAGCAAGCUCUCGAAGCUGGCAAACAUAUCAUUGUCGAAAAGCCUUUUACGGCAACAUAUGCUGAAGCCCAAGAGUUGAUCUCAUUGGCAAAGGAAAAGAAGAGGGUGUUGGCCGUAUACCAGAACCGCAGAUGGGAUGGAGACUUUUUAACGGUUGCAAAGCUAUUAAAUGAUGAUGCCUUUGGACGUGUUGUGGAGCUUGAGAGUCGGUAUGAGAGGUUUAGGAAUUUUGUAAAGCCUGAUGCAUGGAGGGAGGAGGAUUACCCUGGAAGCGGGAUCUUGUAUGACCUAGGCUCCCACUUGAUCGAUCAAGCCAUCACCCUCUUUGGACCACCCACUUCCAUCACAGCGUUCAUUCGAAAUUUUCGCCAGCUGAGCGCCCCAACUGACGACGCGUUCACCAUCAACCUUCACUACACAGUGCCCCACCCAAAGCUCGUUACGCUCAAAUCGACCAUGCUGGCAGCCCAUCCUGGUCCCCGUUUCACCGUCCAUGGAACAAAGGGAACGUUCAUUAAACACGGACUAGACCCACAAGAAGGUCAACUACGUUCCGAGAUCCUACCGACAGCUCCCGAAUUCGGUGCCGAGGCCGAAAACAUGUAUGGUGAGAUGUGGACACCGGAUACACCCGCCCCAACCAAAAUCGAAACGAUCAAAGGAGCCUAUGCGGAUUUUUUUGAGAAUGUCGCUGAAGCCAUACGUGCUGAGUCGAGUGAGGCAUUGGUCGUGAAGCCAGAGCAGGCUGCUGUGGUCAUUAGAGCUAUCGAGUUGGCUCAAAAGAGUUCCGCUGAGGGCCGGACCAUCCUGUUUUAAAGAUACUGGGACUUUGUAUAGUGUGUCUAGCAAGAAAUGAAAGGAGCUCAUGAGGUACUGUUUAAAUAGUUAAUACUUGUAUAAUAAUGAAGAGUUUAAAAAUGCAUUGUAGUGUCGAACUUGAGCUUUUGCC